GAAUUUGGCGCCCUUGUCUUGGGGUUCCUAACCUUUUCAUGACUGUGGAUCGGCUUAUGUCAUACUAAAAUUUCAAACUUGUCAACUAAAUGCCAAUUGAGGGAAGAGUGUAUCUAUUUCCUUUUUCAGUUGUAUACGUAAGGAGUUGUAAACAUAUGCAUGGCCUAUGCAUAUAUAGUUUAUUUUCAGAAAUUCCUCCCCAGAACCUCCAGCAUUCCAGGAACCCCUACCCACGGGCUGUCUGCAUUGCCUAAUGAGUGACCCAGCACUGGUGUCCUUGGUCAUCUGUGAGAAGAGUCGGGAAAGAUAUGAAAAGCACAACCCGUCCACCUCGUCACCCUCCGCACAGCACCGGCGGGCACGCUCCCAGCAGCCUGUCCAGCUGCCCUGUGGGUGCUGAGCUUCGCCGGCAGGACAGGCUCUUAUGGGGAAGGGGCGUGUUGAGCUUCUGAGGAACAGAGAGCAGCCACUGUUUGUGGAGCUAAUUAAACGCACAAAUGCAGGGAGAAGCAUGGAGAGCGAACAUCCCCCCAAAGCGAAGAGUCAGCAGGGACACGGAUCUGCUGAUACUUAUUACUCACCGCCGGGGGGCUCGAUUUUCUAGCUCUCUGCUUGUCCUCUAAAGUCUGCCCUGCCUUUUUCUUAUUUACUGUGUCCCUGUGGGCAAUCUGCUUUGUUCCUCCGCAUGAUGCUUUGCAGAAGCCCUCCCUGAUUGGCUCGUGCGGCGGGAUCUCCAGUCCUGUCUGGACAAAAGCAGGGCAUGGGCAGGUGGGCAGGAAGGACAGCCAAGGAAAUGGGGAAGACAGCAGGAGAGGGGGCGACAGUCAGAGAGAAAAACAGAUAAGAGGGAGAGAGGGGGAGCGAGAAUGGCAGGACCUGGCAGGCAUCCACCGCUGACGAGAGUUCCCGCAGCCCUGCUGUUGCCAUGGUGAUGGGCCAGAGAGAGAGAGAGAGAGAGAGAGAGAGAGAGAGAGAAAGGAGAGCGAGCUAGAGAAAGGAGCGAGACAAGGGAGGACGGCAGAGCGAGCGAGCAGCGGAAGGAGAGGCAGCUUCAGGAGCACCACAGCAACCAUGGACAUGCAGUGGGAGAGCAGUGAGGCACCAGGCCGCGAGCCCCAGCCACCCGGACGCAUCAACAAGGCCGCCUUCAAGCUGUUUGGCCGCCGCAAGCCCACUAUCUUCAGCGUGCGGGGCAGGCCAGAGGAAGCCAAGGUGGCCGGCAAGGCGCCACUCGUCAGGAGCAGGACACUUGAUGGGCUGUCCGAGGAAGGCGCUCACAAGGACGGCCUGGAGUCCACCACGCUUGGCUCAGAGGAGACGGCCAGAGCCCCGGGGGAAGAAACGCCCCCCCCGCCAGCACCACCACGCCCCUCCAUCUCAUCCGUGGCCUCGGUGAAGUCGCUGGGCUUCCUGACAUUGCUACGUGGGGGGAGUCGGCGGGGUGGAGCAGGCCCGCGGAGGGGGGGGCUACGCGGACUACUGGGCAGCGUGCGUUGGCCACGAAGGGCCCGGGAGCCCGAGGAGACACCCACAGCUCCCCCAGAGGGGCUUCUGCUGGCCUCCCGCUCCAACAGCGUAGAGAUUGUGAAGGAGCAUGCAACUCUCACGCCACAUCCAGCACCACGCGCCCUGGAUGUCACCACUGCAGACACACACCUGCAGGAGGGGCGGCCUCUCUCUUUGGCCGCUUCUCCUGGGAGCCCCCCCACCGUACCUUGCAUGGACCUGCUCAGCUCCGUACUGGCUGAUAUCUCUUCACUUGGGAAUUUCAACUCGGCAGCUGCCUGCACUGAUGUCAUCGGCAUGGGCGGGACGUCAGAUGGAGGGACAGCCUCCCUGAAAUCUGGCUCCCAACUCGAGGCUGGACCAAGCUCUCUACCUACCCCUGCAUCAUCCCCCACCAUUGCUCUGACUGCUUCAGCAACAGCUAAAUCAACCCCCAUUCUUAAACCUUCUUCAGCCUUUACCCCUACCCCUACCUCUCCACCUACCCCUGCCCUUAAACCUGCUCCAGCUCCUGCCCCUACCUCUGCAUCUACUCCAGCUCAUACCCUUACCUCUACAUCUACCCCAGCCCCUAAACCUGCCCCAGCCCCUACCCCCGUACCUACCCCAACCCUUACUCCUACCUCUACACCUACCCCAGCCUUUAAACCUGCCCCAACUUAUACCCCUACCUCUACACCUACCCCAGCCCCUAAACCUGCCCCAGCUCCCACUCCUACUCCUACCUCUACACCUACCCCAGCCCCUAAACCUGCCCCAGCUCCUACUCCUACUCCUACCUCUACACCUACUCCUGCCCCUAAACCUGCCCCAGCUCCUUCUCCUACUCCUACCUCUACACCUACCCCAGCCCCUAAACCUGCCCCAGCUCCUACUCCUACUCCUACCUCUACACCUACCCUGGUCCCUAAACCUGCCCCAUCUCCUUUCCAUACCGUCACACCUAUCCCUGACUCUAGUCCUGCUCCAGCUCCAUUCUCUACUUCUACAACAAACUCCGUCUCUCAUCCUGUCCCAGUUCCUCCCCAUACAGUCACACCCACCCCAGCUACUGUUUGUGCUCCGACCGUUGGACUGGAUAAUACUGCAGGUCUGGGUGAGGCAAUCCAGUUCCACCUUGAUGAGGGUGAUGGACAGACAGAUGCCCGCAUGCCAGAUCUUGAGAGGGACGGCCAGUUUCUCCACUCUCCCCAAACCCCGCCUCCUGAUGCAGGCUCUGUCCUUUAUCUGGAGAAGAGGCCUCAAGUAAGUAAGAUUCCUGUGAGUGGGGGCAGUCGAGCAGGGAAGCCAUCGCAUGAUGUCACGCCUGAGGAAAGCAAAUGGGACCUUGACAGCCUUACGGCCUCAUCUAAUGUCACACCUAAUGCCACGCCCGCUGCCACACCUUGCGAAGGGGAGGAGUUUGGUGGCCUUGUGGCUCUGCAGGAUGACUUGAGCCCAGAGGAGAAACCAGAGAAGCGUGGCAUGAAGUCCGCCAGCCGUGGCACCAAGAUACCUGUGAAGCAGACUCCAUUGGCACUUUCUACCCGUCAGGGGGUGCCUCUGCAGCAGUGCCCCCCGCCGACUAAGACUGAGGGCCCCCGGACCAAAAUCCCUGUGUCAAAGGUACCCAUCCGCCGAGCUGGGAAUAAGGUUCCUGUUGGUACGCGCCAGCCCCCCCAGGAUCUGUCCCGGAAAUAAAGUACCUGAUCCGGAUGCCCAGCUGGUUCUGUACGGUGGACGGCCACAACCUUGCUGGUGUCACUGCACGAUGGACGACAGGCAUGAUUCUUUCCAGAGGAUUUUUCUUUCAGGAUGUUUACCCACAUUCAGACAUCAACGUGUGGGCGCCAUGUGUCUAUCGGGAAUACAGACCCCCCGCCCCCCCCCAUGUUGCCUCGGUGACGCAGAGCCACGGACUGAUGCAAUAAACAACAAAAACAGACCCUGAAGCACAAGAUGACCCCAGACCUACGAGCAUCAUGCACAUGUGCCACGUUCACUGGACAAUGCCAGACCUUCAGAACCCAGCAGUGAUGUAACUGGGAGGCAGAGAGGCUAAGCAGGGCAGUGGCAGGUCGUUCUGCCUGGGCCUGAGGUCCGUCAUCAGGAAAACCCGCUUUCGGGGAAUUGGCAGCACCCCUGCGGGCAGCUUCGUACCCUUUGGUACUCCCUUCUCUUUGUACAAUGCACCCCUGCCCCGGACUACAGGCACGGCCCGGAGCCUCCUUUGGGACGGUGAGUCGUGGUGAGACAGACACGGGCUAUGUUGGGGUCUACAGUACUCACAGCACAUGGGUUUCCCACUGUGUACAUAUUCACUUGGACCAGGAUUAUUUUUGUUGCUGUAAAUGGUGUUUUAUUUCCUAUUUAAUUAAUAAAUGCUGGUUUGUGUGA